AUGGAGGGUGGUGGUUCCAGUAGCACUUCAUGUAUGAUGGCUUUUGGAGACAACAGUAAUGGACUAUGUCCUAUGAUGAUGAUGCCUCCAAUGACUUCUCACCCUAAUGCAGACAGCAAUACCCUAUUCCUUCCUCUACCUCCCAGCAGCAAUCAAGAACAAAACCGCCAUAGUAGCAGUCGUUCUUCUCUGAUGCUCGAAGACCACUCCAAUAACAACCACAACAACAGCACCAACACAAACAUUGGUUGUUAUUUCAUGGAGAACAAUAGCAACAACAACAGCGAUGGCAGCUGUACUGUCAGGGCCAAGAUCAUGGCUCAUCCUCACUACCAUCGUCUCUUGGCUGCCUAUGUCAAUUGCCAAAAGUACCUCAUAUAUCACUAUCUGUGUGCUGAUGAGAAGAAACUAGAUUUACAGAUAGGAGCACCGCCUGAGGUGGUGGCAAGACUGGAGGACGCCUGCGCUUCUGCGGCGACGAUGGGCCGUGCUGGCACAAGUUGUGUCGGUGAAGACCCAGCGCUUGAUCAAUUCAUGGAGGCUUACUGUGAGAUGCUGACAAAGUAUGAGCAAGAACUCUCUAAACCCUUCAAGGAAGCCAUGCUUUUUCUCUCAAGAAUCGAGUGCCAGUUCAAAGCCCUCACAGUAGCUUCUUCAGAUUCUGGUGCUUGUGGUGAGGCUAUGGAUAGAAAUGGAUCAUCUGAAGAGGAGGUUGAUGUGAAUAACAACUUCAUAGACCCUCAAGCAGAAGACAGGGAACUUAAAGGUCAGCUUUUGCGCAAGUACAGUGGAUAUUUAGGCAGUCUUAAGCAGGAGUUCAUGAAGAAGAGAAAGAAAGGUAAGCUGCCUAAAGAAGCUAGGCAACAGUUGCUGGAAUGGUGGAGCAGACAUUACAAAUGGCCAUACCCAUCGGAAUCACAGAAGCUGGCUCUUGCUGAAUCAACAGGUCUGGAUCAGAAGCAAAUAAACAACUGGUUCAUUAACCAAAGGAAAAGGCACUGGAAGCCUUCAGAAGAUGUGCAGUUUGUGGUGAUGGAUGCUGCUCACCCCCACUACUACAUGGACAACGUUCUUGGCAACCCUUACCCGAUGGACAUCUCGCCCACACUUCUUUGA